AUGGCUUCCAAGCUCCAGCAAUGUGGAUUGCUUGUUACUGCAAUGCUUGUGGUGAGUGUAAUAGUUGGUUGUGAAGGCAGAAGUCUGAAGACGACUGUAUAUGAAACGGAUAACUUUGGUGGUGGUGGAGGGUUAGGCGGCGGUGGCGGAGCCGGAGGAGGUUUUGGUGGAGGUGUCGGUGGUGGAGCUGGAGGAGGCCUCGGUGGUGGUGCUGGAGGAGGCUUUGGUGGGGGAGCUGGUGGCGGAGCUGGAGGAGGGUUUGGAGGAGGUGCUGGAGGAGGCGUUGGCGGUGGCUUUGGAGGAGGAGCAGGAGGAGGAGGCGGUUUUGGAGGAGGAGCUGGUGGAGGCGGCGGCUUCGGCGGUGGAACUGGUGGAGGUGGAGGAUUUUAA